AUGAGUAAAUCGUACGAACCUCAAAUAAAAUGGAGGGUCAACGAGGUCAAGGAGCUGGUUGCAAGCAUGAAAGAGCGAGAACUAUUAACGAUAUCGGAUGGAAAGAAAGUACGUUCGCUGGAAGUGUUUUCGGUGGUAAGGAAUGAUCUGCAACGCAAUGGAAUUUUUCGUACCGAGGAACAGAUACGCAAGAAAAUGAACGAACUGCGGAAGCAGUACUUUGAGGCCAAUCGAUCCGAGUCGGAAAAUCGUUACGAGUUGUGCGAGCAUUACGAUGUAUUGCACGAUCUGUUCACGGAUGCGCAGCGUAAGCUGGAUAAAAGGACAGAACGGUCCAGGGCCAGAAGCAAGCGUCGCCAUUCGCAAAAUGGUGCGGACGUGUUGGAUUCCGUUCAAUCAAAUAUUUCGAUAUCAAAUCGUCGAAGCGUUAGUGGCAGUAGUGUCUGCAGUAGUGCGCAUAGUUCGAAGCAUAACGGAUACGAACAACACCACACGGAUCAUACACCACAACCACAACAGAAACAGCAGAAUGGUGGAGAAACAAUACAAAAUGGUGGAGGAAGGAAUCAUUCGAAGGAACGGAUGGUACCCGACAAAAUCCACCUAAAGCAAAUCUCGUAUCAGCCCAAUCUGAACAAUUUCCUAACUAACUUGUGCAAAAACGAUCGGUACGCCGAUGUGAUGUUGUUGGUUUGCAAUGAUGAUGAUAGUAUUGCAAUUCCAGCCCACAGACUCGUGCUUGCAACGUUUAGCCCGUACUUCGCAAACGUGUUCGAGAAGUUCACGUUGGUGCCGUCGUCGCCAAUCAUUUAUGUCGCGUUGCCACCAACGGUAACGCGCGCUGCCAUGCAGAGCUUGUUACAAUACAUGUACACCGGUGAAGCGAUAGUCCAGAGGGAUGUAUUUGACGACGUUUUGAUGGGCGGUGAGUUCCUUCGGAUCAAUGGAUUUUCCGCGAAGAAGUCUAGUAGCACGGUGAAAAAUAACCAAGGAUUAGUUUCGGUACCGCUGGUAACCGUUUCGAAAACGAUCAACAUGGACUCAUCGGUUCAACGUGAUGCUAGACCUGAAAGCACGACUCCGGCACCGGCCACCGUUACGACACGUGAUUCACCUCCGACACCUGUAUCGAUGAUGAUUCGGCCCUACUAUGAUUCUCAAUCGCCGCCUAGGAAGAUGGCCCGGCACUAUGAACCCAUGCAGCAACAGGCACAGCAAACACUUUUUCAGCAGCCGGAAUAUUCGCUGACGCAUCAGUCCAAGCGAGAUAUGCAACAAAUGCAGCAACAUAAUCUGCACCGGUCAAUGUACCAAGGGGAGCUGUUCGAUCAUCAGCCGAUGCAACAAGCACAACCUUCACCAAUGCUGUCACAGCGACAGGUACAGUUCAUUCAUCAACGUCAGGUACAGCAAUAUCAAUCGCAACAGAUGUCGGAUGAUCUCUUUCAACCGAUGCCGACACUGCGUCAACAGCAACAUCUUAUGAUGCAGCCGCUACAGCCGACAAUGUUACAGCAGCGACAAGUACAGCCGCAAUAUCAUCCGCAGCAGUUACAGCCGCUAGACAUGGAUAUGGAACAAGAUUUGCUGCAGCCUCCUCUCCACACGAUGCAGAUGCAACGUCAGCGUCAGCAGCAAUUGAUGCCAACACAGCAACGCUCAUUGCAAUCGCAGUCACACUUACAGGACGAUAUAUAUGGGCCACAAUUAUUGCCGCUCUCGCGACAAGCGCAGCCCUUACUACAGUUUGUACAAACACAAGAGUCGCCACAACCACAGCAGCAGGGACCGACACAGCUGAAGCAGCAGAACAUGCCGCUACUUCAACAGCCACAGCGACAAAUGGUGCAAAUGCCGCAGUUUUCUUCACAACAACAACGGCUUCGCAGCCAGCCACAACAGCUGGAAAACGAUUAUCAAUCUGAACAACAGCUGCAAGAUGAUCUUCAGCUUCCAGAACAACUGGUGGAAUCGCAGGAAUUGCUGGACCCACAGCAACCAAGGCAACGCCAACCGACGACACAGCUACAACAAUCUCAGCAACCGGUUCAGCAAAAGCUUUUGCAGCAGAGAUCGUCUCAACCGCAGCCUAGGAAACCACAGCAGCUUCAAUUGCAAGAAGGUCAACUGCCGGAGUCCGCUGAAUUGCUGGAAUCACAAAAGCUGCUACAACCACAGAAGUCACCACAGCAACCACAACGAACAUUACGCCAGCAACCACAGAUGCAGGAUGAUCUGAUGGAACCUCAGGAGCUGCUCGAAUCACAGGAACUGUUGGCACCACCGAAAAGUCGGCAGAUACAGCAUCAGCGACAGCCACAACAGUUGCAGCGAAUGCUGCAACAACGUGUAACCCAGCAGCAGAAAAUGCAGGAUGAGGUUAUAAAGCCACAGGAGCUUCUUGAAACGCAGGAACUGCUAGAGCCACAGAAACCCCGGCAAACACUGCAAGAGCUAGAACCAUUGCAGCAACAACAGCAACGAGCAUCACAACAGUCGAAACAACAGCAAGUUCAACGAUCGAAACCGCAGCAACAACAGCUCCAGCCAAAAUCACAGAUCAAGGAACGUCCGGUGCAACAACAGAAGACGCAGAUAAAGGAAACCGUACACAAUAGUGUGUGUAAACCGGAGCCUGUCGCUAAAUCAUCAAAGGAUGGCAUUCCGCCGCCAAUGCUAGACGAUUCCUUGCCGGAAAACGUUGAUGACUCAUCGGAAGCGACAAACGAAGCAACGAAAGAAGGCGGAAGCGAAAUCCCGAACGAUAAAUCGCUAGACGACAGUGUGACAACGCGAAGUGAUAGUGAAAUAGAUUUUUUAGAAAAACCAAGAAAAAAUAGUAUAUUUGGAGAGUUUCCAGAUCACCGCAAGUUCGAGGAUCAUGAGCAACGCAAAAAAGACUUUAUAAAGGAGUAUGAGGAGCAUAUGAAAAACUCGCAACAUCCGCUUGUGGAAACGCCCGAAUCGUCGCCCUCGGUGCCACCGGUGUCGCCCAAGUCACCGGUCGUCGCGCGUUACAGAUCUAAAUCCCCACUGCCAUCGACGGUUACAAUGCAGCAGCGCAAACCGUGCUCGCAACGGCGGGCACCUUCGCCCAAACCGGACAUUAUCGAAGCGUUGGACAGCAUGGUUACGCUCACGUCCGACGAGUCGAUGAUGGAAAUUAUAACGAAAUCCCCGGAAUCGCAAACAUCGCACUUCAGCACGCGCUCGCACAGCCCCGAUAGUCAGGCGAAGAUAAAUGCGCUGAUUGAAGUUAUGGGCAUGCCGGAUUCGGAUACUGCGAUCUUCGUGAACAGCUCUAUGGACGAGCAAAGCUGUGCUGAUCUGGACGAUGAUAGUAUCGAUCACCAGGAGGGAACGCCACUGGAUCAACUCGUAUCGUCGCGCUUGAACUGUCAGCUUUGCUACGAAUCGUUUACCACGCCGCCCGAAUGGGUGCAGCACGUGUCCGGGCACUGUAUCGUGGAUCAGGGUUUGCUGAAGCGACGACGAAUUUCGAGCGAUGACGACAGCGAUAACGAUAGCAACUAUUUCCGAUGUGACAUGUGCUCGUCGUAUUUCAUAUUGGCUCAGGACUGGCAAAACCAUGUAGCAAACCAUGAAACGGAAGCCCACGCUGAUGUUUAG